UCCAGGCAUGGCGAUGAUAUGCAGGGCCUCGUGCAGGAUUCUACCCGCCUCGGACACAUGUAUAUAAUACCUGUCGUCCGGUAUCUCGGUGUCUGAAUUUCUAAGCACUUGGAAGAUUAUCGCUCAUUCCCUGAUCAAUGCUCGUAUAUCUCACCGAACAGCCUCACUCCGCCUUCCAUCAUUAUCGGCCAGAGAACACCAUGGAUACACCCUUGGGCGAGUACAGGAGCCAGAUAAUAGACAACUGCGAGUUCAUGAUAUCCAAGGAUGACUUCGUCUCGGUAAUCACCAAGAAAAACGCUAUAGGCUACUUUAAGGCGUAUGCGGUACGAUCCAGCGAAGACUCGCGUGAAGCACUUCUCUCCUCAGGUCCCAAGGAGACUAUCCGCGCUGCCCUCGCAUCGCUACUUGACGAGUCAUGCCAGGCAGCCAACUACUAUAUCUGCACCAACGGAUUUUCCUACCCCCCAGACCUCCAGAAUAAUAAGUGCAAGAAUAACAGGAUCAAUAAGAAUGACGACGACGACGACGACGACGACGACUUGUCGGUCGUCUCCGGCCAUUCCAUGUCCUCGACCGCGGCUCUAUCUUGGGGCGAUUCGGACGACGAGGUGGUGAAGAUGCCAGCCCCAUCGACGAGCAAUGAGAAGAGCAAAGACAGCAUCAAACAUCGUGGAAAACUAUACGCCAUGAUGCUUAGCAGCGGCGAAGACGACGAACAGCAGAGGCGUCCCGUAUCACUACCGCCCCAUGCUAAACUCUUGAGUCCAUUGCGAUCUCCUUCGACCGCGAAUACUACGUAUCGUGCUCCGCCGCCGCCGCCGCCGCCACCGCCGGGGUCAGUGGCCUGGGCCAACCGGCCGCCAACCCCGCCCACUGUGCGUGGUAUACCCGUGUCAAUACCCCAAUCUCAACCCGGCUCGUACCGCCCUCGACACUCACCGCCUUCUACACAGACAGGCCCGCCCCCGCCCCUACCAGCGCCGGUCUUCUCGGCAACAUACAUAGCGCCAACAGCUCCCCCAGCUCCUGGCCCUGCCCCUAUACGUGCCGAGUCUAUCUCUCACGGCGUACCCUCGUCCUCUCCUCAGGACAAGGCCGCGUCUGCCGCGUCUACCACCCCUAACGGCAGUAAUAAUAACGGUCGUGUGCACACGACCCCCAGCUUUCCGUACUAUUACCAAAAUCCGCCGCGCCUGAACCUGAACCAGAACCAGCAGCACCAGCCUUCUGCUGUGACUGGCGCCAACUCCACCGCUCGUAUGUACGACGUACGGCUGGCAAUCCGGUGGGUCGGUCGCGGCGAGCAGCGGGUCCUGGAGAGCAGCCGAGCCAGUGUGAGGGCGCUGCAGGAGAUGGGAUUGGCGUAUGUGCGGACGCACGCGGACGCCUUCAAGGACACGAGCGUUAAGAAUAGCAGCAGCCCCGACGGCAGCAUCAGCCACCGUAACCACCAGGGCCACAACAACGUUCACGGGUCAGCGUUGCGCGCACGCCUCCGCCAGGCCUUCUUCGGCGUCGAAGCGUACGACAUGACCACGUACCGCGGUGACGACCUGACCAAGUUGUUCAACGUGCUGAGCGCGAGCGGCAUCCCCCUCUUCGAGAUCGAGGUCGAGACGGUGGCUCCGCCGCGGCCGGCACCGCCAGCCCCAGCGAUGCCGACGCAAGCAAUGGUGUAAGACUUGGGCUCCGGAAGAUUCGGGACCGGGACAAAAGGGCCGCUGGGCAGAC